AUGGUACACGCUGGCACGUCGUUCACCUUUGCAUCUUCUGGUGGUCGAGGUGGAAGAUUUCCGGGUAGCGGUUAUAUAUCACCCGGUGCAAGAUCUAUUACGAGUAAUGGGUCUGCGGAUCAUAUAGGAUGUUUUACUGCUGUUAAAAUGACUGCAAUAGCAAAACUUAAUCGCUAUUUUCGAAGACUUAUUCGUUUUCGUCAGAUGGACUUUGAAUUUGCUCUUUGGCAAAUGAUUUAUUUGCUGAUCAAGCCUCAAAAAGUAUAUCGCAACUUCAUGUAUCGCAAGCGAACAAAGGACCAGUGGGCACGCGAUGAUCCAGCUUUUCUUGUGCUUCUACUGACAGCUCUUGCUGUUUCGAGUAUUUUAUUUGCAUGGACUAUUCGACUUUCAUUUAUUGGCUUCAUUGCGUUUUUCCUUUGGGCCGUUUUCAUUGAUUGUAUUUGUGUUGGAAUCCUCAUUGCGACUGUUUUAUGGUUUGCAUCUAAUCGUUUCUUGAGGCGAGUUGACGAUCAGGAUGUAGAGUGGGGUUAUUGCUUUGAUGUACAUCUCAAUGCAUUUUUUCCGAUGCUUAUGCUUCUUCAUGUUCUUUUACCCCUUACAUUUUCGCAUCUGAUAGGUUUCGAUGCAUUUUUGCCGCGACUUUUCGGGAAUACGAUUUGGUUUGUGGCUGUAGUUUAUUAUAUAUACAUCACCUUCUUGGGAUAUACCGCACUUCCAAUACUAAAAAAUACGCAUAUCUUCCUAUAUCCGAUUUCGUUCCUUUUCAUAUUUUAUGUUGCAACUGUUACGGCUGGUUGGAAUAUUUCGCUAACAGCUAUGGAUUUUUAUCAUUUAAGAGCUGAAAAUAGACAUAGAGGAAGUUGA